CCCCAGUGCGCCAUCUGCAGGCCGCGCACGAGUGUAACACCGGAUGUCUUGCCUCUGUUUGUCUCUCGGUUUUUCUUGCUCUCUCUCUCCCCCCACUCUCUCUCUGUCUCUGUUCCCUGCAGGCAGCCAACAUGAUCAGUCACAUCGCGUCCCGGAUCUUUAUCCUCGGCAAUUCCGCCGCUCUACGCGCGGGGAAGACUCCACAUGCACGCGCGUGGGGGCUUGCUGCCACCGGUCGCGGCGUGCACGUGGAUGCGCCGCCAAUCGUGCCCGCGCUGACGACCAGCUACGCUCACGGAACCUCGUCCUACUCGCUGCUCAACGCCACCGUGGGCGACACGCUGGCCCGGGCGGCCGACGCCUGGCCCGAUCGGGAGGCGGCCGUCUUCGUGCGGGACGGCGUGCGCAAGACCUUCUCCAGCUUCCACCAAGACGUGGAGCGCGCCGCCGCCGGGUUGCUGGCUGUGGGCCUGCGUCCCGGGGAGCGUUUGGGCAUGUGGGGGCCCAACACGUACGAGUGGCUCCUGAUGCAGUUCGCCACGGCCAAGGCGGGAAUCAUCAUGGUGUCUCUCAACCCGGCCUAUCAACUGGAGGAGGCCGAGUUUGCCCUCCGAAAGGUGGGCUGCAAAGCAGUGGUGUGUCCGGAGGCAUUCAAGACGCAAAAAUACUGCGAGAUGCUGCAGCUUAUCUGCCCGGAGAUGGCGACGUCGCCCCCCGGAGACAUUCGCAGCAGCCGACUUCCCGAGCUGCGCUGCGUGAUCGUCCUGGAUGGCCGCCAUGACGGCACCUUCCACUUGGACGAGGUGAUGCAGGCGGGCGAUGGUCGCUUCCAGCGUCAGUUGCACGAGCUCCAGAAUAAAUUGUCCUGCGAUGACCCCAUCAACAUCCUGUUCACCUCGGGAACGACGGGACGUCCCAAAGGCGCCACGCUGACGCAUUGCAACGUGCUGAACAACGCUUUCUUCGUGGGCAAGCGCGUCGGCUUCCACUGGCGGCCCGCCACGCGUGUCUGCCUCCCCGUCCCGCUCUACCAUUGCUUCGGCUCCGUGGGGGGCGGCGUCUGUAUGGCCGUCCACGGCAUCUCGCUGGUUUUCCCUUCGCCCUGGUACAGCGGCAAAGACAACCUGGACGCCAUGCAAAACGAGAAGUGUACAUUUGUGUACGGGACGCCCACCAUGUACGUGGACAUGACCAGUCAGCCCGACGUGGACAAGUACGACCUAUCGUCUGUGGUCGGAGGCAUCAUCGCGGGCUCGCCGUGCCCUCCUGAGCUGGUCAAGAGCGUCAUCUCCACCUUGGGUAUCAAGGAAAUCAUGAUCGGAUACGGCACCACGGAGAACAGCCCCGUCACCUUUUGCGGCUCGCCGUUGGACAACAUGGAGAGGAAGUCUCAGACGGUUGGAUACAUCAUGGACCACACGGAGGCCAAAAUUGUGCAUCCGUCGAACGGGCAGCAGGUUCCGUUGGGUUCCUCCGGCGAGAUCCUCAUCCGAGGCUACUGUGUCAUGUUGGGCUACUGGAACGACCCGGAAAAGACCCGCGAGUGCAUCGGCGAUGAUGGCUGGUACAAGACCGGAGACAUCGGCAGCUUGGACGAGUUCGGCUACUGUCGCAUCGAAGGUCGCAUCAAGGACCUCAUCAUCCGAGGAGGCGAAAACAUUUACCCUGCCGAGAUCGAGCAGUUCCUCCACACGCACCCCAAAAUCAAAGAAGUGCAGGUGGUGGGCGUGACAGACGACCGCAUGGGCGAGGAGAUUUGCGCGUGCAUUACAGUGAAGGACGAGGAGGAGCUGACCGAGGACGACGUCAAGACUUUCUGCAGAGGGAAGAUUUCUCACUUCAAGAUUCCUCGCUACGUCGUGUUCGUCAGCAGAUUUCCGCUCACCGUCACCGGAAAGGUCCAGAAGCACGAACUGCGCCGGGAAAUGGAGGAGCAGCUGGGACUUGCCAAGGCCUCGUGAGCCUCGCCCACGUCAGCCAUUUUGAAAUGGGACAUUAGUCUGUUGGCUCUCAACCAUCUUUGCCAUCAAGAGCAAUAAAUGGGAACGUCAAACAUCCUCAAAGUCGCCCCAGUCUUGAUUUCAACGCCCAUCCAUAAUCUCAUCAGUCACCUGCCACCAGUGCCUAACAAUAAUUACAAGUCACUUGACCCUAGUCACUUAUUGGCUGUCACCGAACGCAUGUCCCUUGUUAGCUGCCAUCAUAGUUGGUUGCCACCUGUCCUCACCUGUCACCACGAACCUGUCUACCUUCACCAGUCACCUGUCACUAAUCAGCUCAUGAUUUCCGGUCAAUAGUUAGGGUCACCUGCCUGUGAUCGAUCGCCAGUCAGCUGUCACUCCUGAGCUACUCGCUGUCAAGAUGCUGAGGAAGGACGCGACUCUUUGAGAUGCUUGUGUCAGGAUAGAAGACAUGAAAUCGCUUGAGUGCUGUCCUAUCAAAAUAAAGCUUUAAUACUGUUAGGGUGAAGAUGAGCCCCGAUCCAAUCAGCUUCUUCACAAAAGAAAAAAUUGUCGUAAACGUCCCGGGAAUGUGGAUUAUGGACAGAAAGGAGACGUAAAAAAAAAA